UAUAACACUACCGCACAACUCGUUCACUUACAUUUACCCAAUUCUUCCCUGUCUCUCUCUCCCUCUCUUUCCUCUCCUCCGCCACCCUCCGUAUCUCCAUUAGCGCCACCGCGCGCCACUUCCCCUUCACUACAAGUGGUUGGAGUUCCAUCUUCACACUCUAGCUCGAUACUCUCUUGGGCGGGCUUAGUAUUGAUGAUGAUGAUGAAGAAGGACGAUUGGAUAGCAGCGGCGCUGAUGGACGACGCGGUGGUGGUGGAGAUGCUCUUCCGUCUCAAGCAGUCAUACUUGUCGCCGGCGUCAGAUGCAACGGAGAAGUCUUUGUUCCUGUCCCUCCCGCCGUUUCACUGGGGAAACCGGCAGCCGCGCUCGAAGCCGCCGUCCACAUCGUCCGUCCAGAAAUGGUCCGCCGCGAGGCGUAGCCCUACCACGCCGCUGUCGUGGAGCGGAGGCUCCGCGUCCCCUAGCGACGGCGGUUGCGAUGAGUCCAGCCGCCCGCCUCCCUCCUCCGAUCUGUCGUCCGUCUUCAGAUCUAAGUGCACUGUCACCAAUGAAAUCUUCUGCAACAUUAGCAGCCAAAGAUCAAAAAGGAAGAAGACAUUUGCUGAGCUUAAGGAGGAAGAGAACUCACUUUUGAAAGAAAGGGUACACUUGGAGAGGGAACUGGCUUCAAUGCAUGUCACCCUCAAUCAACAAAGAGCAAGGAGUGACAACUUGAAGAAGAUCAAAUUUGAUUUAAACCUAGAAUCAGCAAAUCAACAACCGGUUAACUUGGAAUCAACAAAGACACAACCUUCUUCUGUCUUGCCUAGACAUAAUACAACAAAAGAUGAUCCAGUCUCAUCGGAUUCAUGCAGGGAUGAGAAAGCGGUCGCAUCCCAGAACAAUAGAUGCUUCAUCCUGCCCGAUCUUAACAUGGAGCCAUCAGAAGAGGAAAUUGGAUCACUGUGGGAUUGAUUCAAGAGAAACCGUUUAUUUCUCUUGAUUUUCUCGAAGCAGCAUUGGUUGCAUAUGGCUGAGAAGCCUGCACUUGUAAAUUACAUAUUAGAAGAAAGAUCAUUUCCACCUGAGACAAAGUCUCAGAUGUGAUAGCUCGCUCACAACUCGGAAUUUUGCAUGCAAUGGAGUUUGUGAGUUACGACUAUAUGGAGAAGGAGAUUGCUGGGGGGGUAGUAGUGUAGAGAACAUAUAAACAGCUUAUAUGUAGAAAUUAAUUCAUAAAUUUUGCAGGUUUCUGCUAGUUAGUCUUGUUUUAGAGACAAAUGAAUAUUUUAUUUAUUCUAUUCCUCUAUUUUCUAUUUA